UUCUGAGUUUCCUGCCUCUGUCAGAUCAGAAAGAGGCCUCCCUGGUGAACCGGGCUUGGUACUGUGCAGCCCAGAAUGCCCUCCGAGAGGGGCCUACGGCAUCUGCGGCACCUGAGCCUUGGGAAGCUGCAACGGCUGACAGAUGCAGGGUGUACAGCCCUCGGGGGCCUGCGGGAAUUGCAGAGCCUGGACAUGGCUGAGUGCUGCUUGGUGAGCGGGCGGGAGCUGGCCCAGGCCCUGGGAACAGCACGUGGAACUCCACCCCCAUUGACCUCUCUCAGGCUGGCCUACUGCUCUUCACUAAAGGACGCAUCUGUGCUCUCCAUGAUUCCAGUGCUGAGCUCGAGCUUGAGGGUGCUAGACUUGUCAUCUUGUGUGACUCUCACCAACCGGACCAUGCAGGCCAUCUGCUCCUACCUCACCCACCUCUCAGUCCUGCGCCUGGCUUGGUGCAAGGAGCUCUGUGACUGGGGGCUUCUGGGGCUGGAGGAACCAAAUGAGGAGCCUGCAUUAGGCCCCCAGUCACAUGCAGAGCUGAAACAUCAGGCCUCCGACUCUACAGACCCUUCUCCCCAACCACAGGGCCCCUCCCUGCUCAAGCUUCAGGCCCUCCAGGAGUUGGACCUCACAGCCUGCAGCAAGCUGACCGAUGCCAGUUUGGCCAAGGUGCUUCAGUUCCCCCAGCUGAGGCGGUUGUCACUGAGCCUAUUGCCAGCACUCACAGACAUGGGUUUGGUGGCUGUGGCCAGGGGCUGCCCCAGUCUGGAGCGUUUGGUGCUGAGUCACUGCAGCCAUCUUAGUGAUGAGGGCUGGGCCCAGGCAGCCAGGUCCUGGCCAAGGCUGCAGCACAUCAACCUAUCCAGCUGUAGUCAACUCACAGAGCAAACACUGGAUGCCAUUACUCGGGCAUGCAAGCAGCUCCAGGUGUUGGAUGUGGCCAUGUGUCCUGGUAUUAACAUGGCGGCCAUCAGGCGCUUUCAAGAACAGCUACCUCAGGUGACCUGCAUCCAGUCCCGCUUCGUUGGAGGGGCUGACCUGACUCUCACACUGUAAGACCAGGAAGGUGGAAUAACAGGUAUUGAGACGAUUGGAGGAGCACAACUAGAGGUCAGAAGUCAGGAGAUUGUUGCUGAGAUGACAGUAGCAUGGACAAUGGACUGAAGACAUUGAAAAGGAAGAAUGGACAGUAUGGGCAGACUAACUACAUCUGGGAUCCCUGCCUCCUGUUUCCACCUUGAACUCAAUAACAAACCACUCUAAGUGUGAUGGGAAGUCUCUCAACCCAAGCCUGGCACACUGGAUGCCUAAGGAUAAGAAGUGCUGGCUGGGAUGGGGGAAAAGACAAGUACAUUCUCCAAAUGAGAUGCUGUUUCAUCUGUCUUUAAGCAAACUGCAGGGCAAAGCGUUCGGAGUGAGUCAGGUUCCACCUGCGAGGCACACAGCUCAGCGAGGCAGGUAGGGGCCCCUCUUCUCGCCCGCCCCUCCCCCACCCCGCUGGCCGUCAGUCACUCACGCGUCGCACAGCUCCUUCAGCACAGUGGCCAGGGGCUUUGCCUACAGUAAGUGGGAGCUGUCACUCAGGAGCUGGGAAGGGGUGGAAACGGGGGUGGGAGGGGAAGGAUCUGGGGAAAAGGUGGGGUGCCUGUCCCAAGGGAAGGGGAUCAACCAGCGGUGGGCAACGGGGCAGGUGGAGGUCGGACAGGCCAGUGACCUGGUCCAGCUGGAU